AUUUACCACCACGUCGCUAUAAAGUCCCCACGGGGAACAUUAGACACAUUUAAAGUCCCUGUCGGAGUGUUGCAGCGAUUUAAAAGGCCUGCGGGUCAUCGGUCAUUGGUCCGCAGGACCCUCGAGCCUCUCCGGCUCAAGCAGCCGCCUCCUUCUCUGCCACAAAAACGCCACACACCAUUCCAUCAGACGAUUCGGCGGACUACAGAUGAGACUCUCUCUUUAGGAGAAGGAAAAAAGGAAAAACUUUUCCUCAAGAAGAGUCUGAUGGGCGGUUAGGUGAUCUAGCGUAAAGUGAUCAUUGUCUGUUUAUGGAUUAUCGAUAAGUGCAAAAAAAGGAGGCAUUAGUUAUUUAUAUAUUCCUGUAAAGCGGUGGGGAUGCGAGAGAGACGCCACAGUGGCGAGGAUUGCCCGCUCUGAACCGGAGGAGUCACCGGCAGAUGAUGUCCCAAUGUGAGAGUGCUUCCAGAGGAGACGAAGGAGGAUGAAGAAGGGGAAAGAGGGCUCGAGAGCGGCAGAGGUGGAAUAUAAUGAAGUUGAGUGGGAAAGGACUGUGCAUCGUCUUCACCAGCACCCUCCUCUUCGUGUGCGCCCUGAGCGAAGUUGUCGUUGGAUUAAGAUGCGUCUCGUUGGGAUCUACGGUGAGAGCGCAUUUCCACCUCGGCGCCGCGGCAGGGGCUUUCUACUCCGGGCUACUUGUGGGAAUCGGGCAAGUGCUGCUGGGCUCCGCGCUGCUCUGUUGCAUGAAGAAGCCCGGCUGCAGGAAUUUCUUUCUCCUCGGUGUUGUGGUCUUCUUGUUGGGAGUCCUCACCGCCUUCUCCGGCGCGGUGGUGGACGGGGACACGGCUUCUCUGGUGGAGAGGAAAUAUACCCAUUACUGCUUCCACUCUGUGGAUGUGAACCCUGCAUGCGAGCAGCUGAGGGAUUACCAGCGGAGUUUGGUCAUCUCCACUGUUCUCAGCACUUUGGAGUGCCUCCUCGGUCUCAUCAACCUGGUGGCAAUCAAAAGGUACAAAACAGCGCAGUUUUCUAGAAGCCGACAGAGGCAGCGCGCCGGCGCGAUCAUCUUCAGCGAGGAGCGGGACUGCUCCUCGCAGGAUUUCCAGCCGGUGUCUUACAUCAAUCUGGGUGUUUUUAAUGUGUUUGAUGAGACAGGUGUUGAAGUGCAGUGCGGGGGGCACCCGUCAAUCGAGCUGCCGGGAUACUCGCCCACGGACCCGGAGCUCAACCAUUGCUUCCCUUUCUCAUACCCGCUCCCCAGCGAACUGCCGCCCGCAUACGAAGACAUUUUCCCCGCUGAGGCAUGCAACACAUAGCCGCUCUGGAGCAGCCCCCAGCAGCGCUUUUUCCUCUGCUGUGACAAUCAAUGACUUUGUGCUUAAACAAUCUCCUUCUUCCUUUCUUCUUCCAACACACACAACAAAGGCAGUAAGUUACACAGGAGGACAGCAGCAGUGGAUUUUAAUUAACCUGAUUCCUUCUUAUUCUGAUAUUUUCUUACAUCUGCCUGGUAUUGUACAUCACAGUCAGACUAUGAACAACAGAUCAAAGAGAUACAGGCCCAGACAGGGCAGGCAGAUCAAGGCCCAUAAACGCAACAGCUUGCUAGUAUAACAAAAGCAGAGUUUUUGUUUUGAAUGUUUGCUGUUAACAUUUUUACUUGUGAAUAAAAAGUGUA